AUGCAGCCUCGAAGGGAAUACCAUAUUGUUGUUUUAGGUGCUGGAGGUGUUGGGAAAAGCUGUCUGACAGCCCAAUUUGUACAAAAUGUUUGGAUCGAAAGUUAUGACCCGACCAUUGAAGAUUCCUAUCGGAAGCAAAUCGAGGUGGAUGGCCGACAAUGUAUUCUAGAAAUACUUGAUACGGCGGGAACAGAACAAUUCACUGCAAUGAGAGAGCUCUACAUGAAACAAGGACAAGGAUUCCUUCUCGUUUUCUCCAUCACCAGCAUGUCUUCAUUAAAUGAGUUAUCCGAAAUCCGUGAACAAAUCAUCCGCAUCAAAGAUGACGAAAAGGUUCCAAUUGUCAUUGUCGGUAACAAAUCUGACCUGGAAGAAGACCGCGCUGUCUCGCGAGCGCGUGCCUUUUCCCUCUCCCAAAGCUGGGGAAAUGCGCCCUAUUACGAGACUUCAGCACGGCGACGAGCCAACGUCAACGAAGUCUUUGUCGAUCUCUGCCGACAGAUUAUCCGUAAAGAUUUACAGGCGUCCCAACAUCGAUCACACGAGCUACAAGCUCGCAAACGGGAAACGCCUGUACGCGAAACCCGCAAACGAGAGCGCAGAUCCCAUAGACGGCGCGGGCAGUGCGUCAUUAUAUGA